AUGGCUCCUGCUACCAAGGUUCCCCCUCCGCUUCAGGCAUAUCUAGCCAUGCCUCCGGAAUCAUCUCUCCUCCUGAUGACCUCGGUCCUCGGCGCCACCUCGAACUGGCUUGUGUUACGCUUCUUACAUCAAGUACUAAUGCAAGAGUAUGCUGCAACCGAAUCUACACCAGCGAUUCUUUUCGUUAGUUUCCUAAGAGACGCAAAUUUCUGGAUGAGUGGCGCAAAGCGGAUAGGACUUGAUCUAGCUAAGCUAGAAGAGGAAAAAAGAUUCAACUAUGUUGAUGGCUUAGGGAGUCUGUUUUUGGCGGGAAAUAGCCAUUCCUCUAAGGUCUCAACCUUGCGCAACCCCGACCUUCAUCGCAUCACCGAAGAUUUACGGACGACUAUUCAAAUGAUGAAAGGAAACAGGAAGUUAAUACUGGUAAUAGACGGCUUAGAUUUCCUUCUUGCGGCAGGAGUUGAAAUUACAUCUGCAGCUCUGGGUGAUAUGAUAAUGGGCUUAAGAGAGGAAGUACACGCUACGGCUUUAACUCUCUCGGCGGAUUUACCACUGGUGGCCCGCUGUCAAAGUCCAUUGGAAUGUGAGCACGCUGCAUUUCUUGUGAGUAUCGCCCACCAAGCAGACAUACUGAUGAAUCUACGAAUGCUGGAUAGCGGCACGGCAAAGGAUGUGAGUGGGGUCAUAAGAAUAACAAUUGGAGACACCAAGGAGGAAAAUAAAACUCAAGAUCUUGAAGAUUCUGAGUACUUAUACUUCGUAGGGGGGGAUAACAGUGUUCAAGUAUUCGAAAGAGGACAAUCUUCAUGA